AUGGAAUUUCUAGUGCCGAGAUCGACCGGGAUGACGGUGAUGGUGAUUCCUGUAUCUCAGCACAAGCUCAUCAAAAUCCGGAAGCAUAAUCGGGAUAAGUUGACGCGUGCGGCGUUGUACUGCUCGACGGCCGGGGCGCUUUGUAAUGUUUUGGGUAGCAGCACAAAUAGCUGGAUUUCUACUUCUGAAGUUCUUAAAUAUUAUAUGGCACCAAAUGCGACCGAGUACCUAAAAGAUUACGACGCCUUCGGGAACCAGCCCGUUUACAUCAAAGAGGCCACGCUGGGCCCCUGGCAAUUCUGCUGGUCCGAUCCCUCCAUCGAAUUCACCUGCCACUCCGUCAACUAUUUCACCGAUGAGAUGGAGUCGGACGUCACGACAAUGGUUCAGCAGGCGGUUCGGAAAGCCGCGUUUUUCAUGGUGCUCGGCGUGGUUUUGGAUAUUUUGGGAACUCUUAUUGGGUGGCUAUGCUCGCGUCGUAAGAAUCCGUACGGUUGGUUACUGUGCUCAUCCAUACUUCAUAUAUUUGCCGGCAUGACCAAUUUUUGUUGCAUUAUCGUUUACAUGGCCGCGGUUUCAAAGGAGGUCGGCAACAAAAUUUAUCCAGCUUCCGAAAUGGACGACCCGCUGUUCCACUACCACUAUGGGUUCUCCUUCAUUUUGGUGAAAUUAAGCUUCCUCCUCACGGAGACGGCUGCUCUCCUGAUGGUGGUCUUCGGUGAUGGGACAAAACCAAAACCGGCCCUCGCUCGACAACAUCUACCAACCCCCGAGCAGGCUCUCCGUCUGCAGCAACUUUGGCCGAUUGACACCCAGGUCUUCUACAGCCUCCAUGCGUGCAAUCAGCCGGCGAACGAGCAAGGGGGGACCGGGACGCUUUGCUCACCACCGAGCACCCAGCCCCCAAUUCCUGGACGUCGA